CUACAAUUCAUCUAAAUAAUCAUCAAGCUUUUACAAUGUCUUCAACCAAGCUCAUCGUUAUUCUUGGAGCCACCGGCAACCAGGGCGGCUCCGUGGCCAACGUGUUUCUUGAGGAGCCAGGCUGGCAGGUUCGCGCCGUGACUCGAAACACCACCAGCCACAAGGCUCAAGCCCUCGCAGCUCGUGGCGCCCAAGUCGUCAGUGCUGAUCUGGAUAAGCCCGACACGCUCCCGGCAGCUUUUGAGGGCGCCCAUGCCAUUUUCGCCGUCAGCGACUUCUGGGGCCUAUAUAUGAAUCCCGCCAAUAAAGGCAAGGCCAAACCGGGACAGCCUUUAAACGUUUGGGCGGGCGACCACGAGACUCAGCAGCUGAAGAAUGUCAUUGACGCCGUUGCUAAGGUCCCAACCCUACAACGCUUCAUCCUCUCUUCACUUUCAGACGUUACGAAGUGGUCCGAGGGGAAGUACACUCAUGUCUAUCACUUCGACUCUAAGGCAAAUGCAGAGAAGUACGGCCGGGAGAAAUACCCUGAGCUAUGGGCAAAGACGAGCAUUUUUCAGGCAGGACUCUUCCUAAGCAACUACAUAGGCGGCUCAUUGGGUAAACCUACCAAGAAUGCCGAGGGAACGGUACAGUUCAUCGGAACCCUGAAACCCGACGUCAAAGUCCCGUACAUUGCCGCCGAAGAGGAUACUGGGCCCAUCGUCAAGGCACUCAUCAACGGGCCCGCUGGCAAGAACGUCAUUGGGUAUAGAGCGUGGUUAACUAUCCAGGAGCUGGCCCAGGCAUUCUCAAACGCCACCGGCUUAAAGGCCGAGUCUGUCACGCUGCCCGGGGACGAAAUUUUCAAGUACUUCCCGGAUGAGUUGAGGCCGGAGGUCGAAGAGAACUUUGGCUACUACAACGAGUUUGGGUACGAGGGUAGGGCCGACCCUACCAUCGUUCACCCUAAAGAUUUGGAGUCACCUCCUUCCCUUGAUACGGUGGAGAAUUACUUCAGAAAGCAGGAUUGGUCACAGGUCUUUGAUGCCUGAAGAGAGAAGUCCCCUCGGCAGGUAUGCAGUCCGGGCCAGCAGGGCGUGGAAAUGGGUUGUGGAACUUGGUUGAAUGUAGACAGACAUUCUGGUAGAGAUGUCCCGUAUUAGAUCAACAGGCAAACCUUUCUUGACCAGCAAACCAAGAGUUCUCGGGAUGACCGGGGGCCCAGGAUGCGCUAUACAGCCCGGGGUAGCGCGAACUGUGCGCUGAGUUUGAGCAAAAGUACAACUUACCUUAUUAUCUCGCCCUAGAGAGUAUACCUUGUUGGAAACCCCCUUUUGUCACGGCCUAUGCCGCGGCUGAAUGCAUAAUACCGUACGGCACGGAUCAAUGUAUUACUACUCACUCCGGAACCUAUCGUCCCGCUUACUCCGUGCGAGUGAGAAUAUGGCGAUAUCUGAGAUGUCUAUCGUGAGAUGCUCCCUAGACCUUGCCUAUAAAAGACCACAUAACAUUCAUUAGAUAGACACCCUAGCUACCUUAGCUUUUAAUAUAAUUCGAUUACUCAAAA